GUGAUGCGGCAGGGAAGACCCCCCCCCUUCAAACCGAUGCAGGCUUGAACAAUGCGUGCCGUCUUUCACUGAAAACACUGAGAGCCUGCAUUAGCAUUUUCUCAGACAAUUGAGGCUCUGGCCAGCUGCAGGCAUGGCUCGGAUGCUGCGGUGAAAUCUCUUUUUCUGCACCCACUGAUGAAUUAGACCUCGGUGAAAAAGUCGACUGGCCGCAUUCCUCAACACUACCAUUGCACCUAUGCCUAGGCUAAUGUUCAGAUCCCCUUUAGAGAUUGUGCCCCGGCAUUGAUGGCGAUCUGACGGAGGACUUGAGCAGCAGCAGAUCUCAGAAUGGAGGAGGGUGAGUACUUCCUGAAGGUGCUGAUCCCCAGCUAUGCAGCCGGCUCUAUAAUUGGCAAGGGCGGCCAGACCAUCGUACAACUGCAGAAAGAGACGGGUGCCACCAUUAAGCUGUCCAAAUCCAAAGACUUCUACCCAGGAACAACAGAACGUGUCUGUCUGAUACAAGGUACAGUCGAAGCCCUCAAUGGUGUCCACAACUUUAUCGCGGAGAAAGUCCGCGAGAUGCCCCAGAGCGCUCAGAAACCUGAACCAGUCAGCAUAUUGCAGCCACAGACCACCGUCAACCCCGACCGUGUCAAACAGGCCAAACUGAUCGUGCCCAACAGCACAGCUGGGCUCAUCAUUGGCAAGGGCGGAGCCACAGUAAAAGCAGUGAUGGAGCAGUCAGGGGCCUGGGUGCAGCUCUCCCAGAAGCCAGAGGGCAUCAACCUGCAGGAGCGUGUGGUCACCAUCAGUGGGGAGCCGGAGCAGAACCGCAAGGCUGUGGAGAUCAUAGUGCAGAAGAUACAGGAGGACCCUCAGAGCAGCAGCUGCCUCAACAUCAGCUAUUCCAACGUCUCGGGGCCGGUGGCCAACUCCAAUCCCACCGGCUCCCCCUACGCUAACACGGCCGAGGUGCUGCCUAACGCAGCCGCAGCUGCUGCCACUGCCUCCAGCCUUCUGGGCCAGGCCGGCUUGACAGGAAUGGGCGCCUUCCCUGCCGCCAUGUCCAGCUUCUCUGGCAACGACUUGCUGGCCAUCACCUCAGCUCUCAACACGCUGGCCAGCUACGGCUACAACACUAACACCCUGGGUCUGGGCCUCAACCCUGCAGCUGCCUCUGGGGUCCUUGCUGCAGUAGCAGCUAGCGCUAACCCGGCUGCUGCUGCUGCAGCUAACCUGCUGGCCUCGUACGCCAGCGACGCCUCCGGCAGUGCUGGCCACCCUGCCACAGGCCUCGGGGGGUUCUCUCUGGGUUCUCUAGCAGCUGCUACAGGGGCUUCCAAUGGUUACCUAAAUGCUUCAUCCCCACUGAUGGCCUCUUCCCUACUGGCAACAGAGAAGCUGGCGGAUGGGGCCAAGGACGUUGUUGAAAUUGCUGUCCCCGAGAAUCUGGUUGGUGCCAUUUUGGGGAAAGGAGGGAAAACGCUGGUAGAGUACCAGGAGCUAACAGGGGCCCGCAUCCAGAUCUCCAAAAAGGGAGAGUUCAUUCCUGGUACUCGGAACCGUAAAGUUACCAUAACAGGGUCGCCAGCCGCUACGCAAGCAGCGCAGUAUCUGAUCAGCCAGCGGAUCACGUACGAGCAGGGCGUGCGCGCUACCAACCCACAGAAAGUGGGCUAAAAGGAAAAAGAAGAGGAAAGAAGGAAAGGAUGAAGACAGAGAUAGAAGGGAAUUGAGAGGGUCACGAUGAAUAGAAAAAAGAAACGUCCAAAUAUCUGUUCAAUAUUUCAGUAUCAAAUGAGAGAAUCACAAAGGAGGAGGUGGGGGA